GUCACAUCACUUGCGCCGUCACGUCGUGCUGCCCCGCCUGUGGCUUCCUCGCGCGAUCGUAAUAACACGGGAAACCGAGCUAUGGGAAACCAGUACGGGAGCACGCCUAGGCGACUGUUGCACUGCAACAUGGCAUGUUUCCAGUUGCGGUGGCGCAUAUUUUUGAUACAGACUGCUUUAAGUAUUUCACACAUCGCGACUUCCACCAUCGUCAGCGCUUUCCUCAGCGUCUUAUUGCCGAAAUGGCGAAACCAGGCAGUCGACAGCCGGCUUUUCUAGUGCCUCUCCUAGCUACCAUGAUUGGGGUACUGUCGAUGAUGCUGAUGGUGGUCGUGCACCGCAAGGCAAACUGCCAGGACCCGCUGGUGACCAACAUCAGCGACCUUCGCGGCCUUCUUACAACUUUGCAAACGUGGGAAGCUCAACACGCUGACCACCCUGCGCAAGCCGGGCUAAGGAGGGUAGCGACAGAGCUGGAGACUGUGCUGGUCGCGCAGUCGACAUCACCACCCCCGCCCGUGGCAGUGCCCGCUGCCGCCUCCUCAACGGCGGAGGCGGAGAGGGCCAGCCUUCGGUCGCUUGCAGUGGGCGGCACGCAGUGCUUUGUGGCACAGAAUGCCGAGUUCUGGGGCGAGCCUGUGGUGUGGGGUCCGGACCACCACACGCACGACGCCGCCGAGUGCUGCGCCGCCUGCCGCGCGCACCAGCUGGCGGCGGCGCGCGGCGGACUGGACGCCGGACCCAACAGCACCGCCUGCAACACCUGGGUGUUCUGCGGCGACAAGGACCGCUGCGGCCCGCACUACCGCGAGUGCUGGCUCAAACACCAGCAGCCCAUCCCGCCGCCCGACGUCCGAGCGGCCUCCUCUGGAUCCAACGGCAAGAGCAUGUGGACCUCCGGGGUGGUGUACGACAACGAUGCGGUCUGGAUCCAGCAGUACGACGGCCGGUCGACGCUGACGCUGCACUUCGAGAUGGGCGAUGUGGUGGUGAAGCUGUUGCCUGAUCUGGCGCCGGCCUCGGUGCGGGAGUUGCGGCGCAUGGCGGCACUGCUAGCGCUGGAGGGCACGGGCUGUGACGGCUGCAAGCUGUAUCGCUCCGAGGUCAACUUCCUGGUGCAGGGCGUCAUUCGGCACCCGGGCGCGUACGUGGCCACACCGCGGCGGCCCAACCCGCCGCAGAAGAAGAUGAUGGAGCGCGGACUGGCCUGCUGGGCGGGCGGCAUGGGCGGCCCGGACUGGUUUGUCAACCUUAUCGACCAGUCCGGGUUCGGAGACGACCACCUGUGCUGGGGCAAGAUCGACGACAUGAGUCUGCUGGAUGCGAUCGUGAAGCUGCCCACCAAGCCCAAAGCCAAACCCAACGAGAUGACCUUCCUCGCCAAGGAGCUCAGAUUCAACAUGACGCUGUCGUGAUGGGCAGAGGCAUCCGUUGCGAAUGCGUGAGGUAUACCGGAGUGAUGUCUGCCGCUGUCGUGUGAUGCAGCGCUGCCUGUAAUCAUGACUGACGACGUUGCAAGAGAAGGGACAGUCCGAUGAGGGACCUUGAUAACUUGCUGACAGAUUUGGAGGAUGAUAGGCUGACGAAUCGUUGCGAAUGACGUGAUGCGAGCUUCGUCCGGGUGCGCCACCAUGCCACGGCGGGCUUAGCGGCGACUGUAGCCUUGGACUUGGAGGAUGAUUGACGUGGUGACAGCUGGACAGGGCUGACAGUUGGGGACAACGAGUGCCGUGUCGUGUGCAACGUAUUCGGGUUGUGUAUGUGCCGUGGAGCUGUUUUGGUAAGGACGGCGGGCGACAAGUGUGCGACAGAGGACUCGGCACGUGCGGGGCGCGGGCGUAACGCGGCAUAGCGUGGCAUAGACAUUAUGGCAAGACAGCACAAUUGCACAAUUGUGAAACCCGGACACGCUGCAACCUGGCAUCCCGCUGAAUGCGGGAUGGACCACGGGUGUCAUGCGCCGUUGUCGGCGCAUGUCAUUCACCGGAAACCACUGGCGAGGAACAGUGCGGCCCUGGAGCAAAACAUGGUUGGGGUAGCCCUGGAGCAAAACUUGGUUGGGGCAUGACACGAGAAGGACUGCUACCCGAAAGCUUCA